UGUAUUCAACAAUACAUACGGGUUCGUCAGCUGACAUCAGCUGACGUGUUACCGACUAACUGACGAUAAAAGAUAGAUCUUCGUUUCACGCGAGAUUUUUCCUUACGAAAUUUAAUUUGCUUCCAAGCAAACAUAAUGGCACUUCAUUCUGCAGGAAAGGGUAAACUUUUAGCAGUAAUUGGUGACGAGGACACUUGUGUGGGUUUUUUGCUGGGUGGAGUUGGAGAAAUUAAUAAGCAUCGUCAACCUAACUUUAUGGUUGUCGACAAAAACACACCAGUGAGUGAAAUAGAGGAUACUUUUAAACGAUUUAUCAAGCGUGACGACAUCGACAUCAUUCUUAUUAACCAGAAUGUAGCUGAAAUGAUUCGUCAUGUAAUUGAUAGUCAUACUCAGCCGAUACCUGCUGUAUUGGAAAUUCCAAGCAAGGAUCAUCCAUAUGACGCCAGCAAAGAUUCCAUCUUGAGACGUGCUAAGGGAAUGUUUAAUCCAGAAGAUAUUCAUUAAUAUAAAUGUGAUAUCAACUAAACUACACCAAAUGUGUACAAUAAAAAUAGAAUUAUUUCGUUUAUCGCAUUCCAUGUAAUUAUUCUGUUAUUCAGUAAAAAUAAUAUAAAAUUGUUAACACACUUUCAUGAAUGAAAACUAAUAGAUGAAGUAGCUAGUUUUAUGAUUUUUAAAUGUAUGUUUUUGUGAAUAUAAUGUGUGUAUAUAUACACUCAUACUCAAUACAUAAUACAUAUACAGUCCCAAAAUUCCUGCAUUUAGAGAAAAAGACGUGAUUUAUACUAAAAGAAAUAACUUUUUUUCUUUAGCAAAAUUGUAUUUAUAAAUUAUGUAAUAAAAACAAUGUUGCGUUAAUAUUUUUACCAUAUUUUAAGCAAAAUAAUACAGAAAAAUGUCAAGUACUCGGUCAUAUGUAAGCAAGUAAGAAGCAUGCAACAGCCUUGAGGAUCAGACAAGAGCUCAUUCGUUAAUUUUUAAUCUGCUCUCUUAUAAAAACUACUUAUCGAAGGCAAUUUUGCUAAAGAAGAAAAGACACACACACACAUUCACACACGCGCACACACACACACACACACACAAAGAAUCAUGUCUUAUAUUUCACAUAGAAAUUUUGAGACAUCCUGUAUGUGCAUUAUAUUAAUAAAGAUAACAUAUAAAAAAAUUUACAUUUGGUAGUUAUAAGGACACACAUAAUGACUUGAUGCAAAUCUUAAAAUUGUAAAAUAAAUUAUUGUUGAUCAUCCUA